AUGUACCCCAAGACCAUUGUCGCCGCCCUGGCGCCCCUGGCGCUCGUCGCGCGUGCCAGCGUCGACUUCGACAUGGACGACGUCCCGACCUCGUGCAAGACCAUCUGCGGCCCAAUUGGCCAGCUCUCGGACCGCUGCGACACGGACCUGCGCAGCGACAUCGACCGCGACGAGAAGCUCCUCGAGGCCCAGUGCGUCUGCACCAACCGCAGCUUCGACGUGGCCAAGAUUGCCGCUCUCUGUGCCGACUGCAUGCACCAGAGCGCCAACGGCCGCAGGAGGCGCGACGACGAUGACAACCGCGCCGACCAGGAUGACCUCAAGGACAUCGACAACAUCAUGUCGACGUGCGGCUUCACCAGCACAAAGUACAACCCGUCCGCCACGGGCCAGGUCCAGAGCAUCACCGUCGCCGCCACGGCGGCCACCGACAUCAGCCAGCUGACCACGACGAUGACGGGCGGCACUCAGCCCGCGCAGACGUCGGCCAGUGGAUCCAACGGGACCACGCAGUCGGCGGUGACAAAGACGACUACCAUGACCAGCGGCAGCAGCACCAUCACCAGCAUCGUCACGAGCGGCGGCACGCAAGCCUCUGCUGCGUCGUCGACCAGCACCGGUGGCGCGGCGGCCACGCGAGCCCCGGCCAUCGCGUACAUGGCCGGCGCCGCCGUCGCCGGUGGGCUCAUGCUGUAG